UGCCGCUGUCAUUUGAAGCAAGGUAUUAUUAAAGGAGCAGAUUCUUUACUUGCUAUGUAGUAGCAAUGAUAAGUUAUUCACGGUUUCUAAUUUCAUCCUGUUUUCUAGAUACAGUCAAGUUUUCAAGCCUGCUUAGAAUCCCGCUCCUUUAUUUCACUUUUGAUUGUUCCAAGUCUGCCAGCGGGCGGAGUACAGUACCGUUAUAUUAUGUGCGCUCACCAACUACCUUUUCUGCUUUCGCUAAAUCGACUGGAAAUUUGAGGUGGCUUGACAACAUUCAAGAGAUUUAACUGAAGUCAUAUUUUUUUGUUUGUGUGGUUUUAUAGCAGGUAGAUAAGGAUGCCAAGUGCAAGGUUCCAGAGUGGGGAGAUGGUGAUGGGCCGAUGGCCUGGCAGCAACCUGUACUACGAGGUGAAGGUUCUGGGCUACGAGGCCCGGAGCCAGCUCUACACGGUGGUGUACAAGGACGGCACUGAGCUGGAGCUCAGGGAUGCUGACAUCAAGAGCGGAGCAGGGUUCCGGCCCUCCAGCCGGCGGUCCCGGUCUCGGUCUCGUUCCCCGUCACGGCGGCGCUCCCGGUCGCGCUCCCCGGCCCGGACCACCCGCCGCUCCUCCUCUCGUACCACUGCCGCCGUCGCUACAGAGACUCCCACCUCGCGCAGGGAGCCCAAACUGAAGGAGGUCCUGGAGGUCCGACUCAGCCCCUUGGCAAAGCCAGUUGAUAACAAUAGCAACAAUAAGCAUGAAAAGAAAGAGGAGAAUGACGCCGCUAACAAAGUGAAUGAGGUGGAGGGGGAGCCAGUGAAGAAGGUGGAGAGCCGCUACAACCUGCGGCGCAGGAAGGAUGACGGGGAUGCCAGGCCGGCAGGGCAGCAGCAGCAGCAGCAGCAGCAGGAGGACACCUCUGCCCCAGCCUCCACCCCCAGGACCACAGAGCUGGAGUUUGGAGGACGGAUAGGAGUGGUGUUCAUGCUGCUGCUGUUGCCAUGCAUGGUGCUGUGUCUGCUGGUGAAGGUGGGCCAGCAGGAUGCCAGUGUGCUGGCCCCCCUGUCCCUGCCCAGUCCCCAGGCCCUCUGGGACCCCCAAGCCCUCGCACUUGUCUGCCUCUGGAUCCUCCUGCAGGCCCUGCUGCACCUGCUCCCUGUCGGCAAGGUUGUAGAAGGCCUGGCUCUGAAGAGCGGCCAGUGCCUGCAGUACCGGAUCAACGGUUUCUCCUGCCUUGUCCUGACAGCGCUGGCCUUGGGUGCUGCACUGCACCAGGAAGUGGACCUCACCUACGUGCACAGCCACUUCCUGCAGCUGGCGGUAGCCAGCACGCUUGUGGCCACGCUGCUCAGCCUGUUCCUGUACGCACGCUCUCGCUGGGCCCCUGCCCACGCCCUGGCCCCCGGAGGCCACUCUGGUAACAUCAUCUACGACUUCUUCAUGGGUCAUGAGCUCAACCCCCGCAUCAGGAGCUUCGACCUCAAGUUCUUCUGUGAGCUGCGCCCUGGUCUGAUAGGCUGGGUGGUGAUCAACAUGUCCAUGGCCCUGGCUGAAAUGAGGCUUCAGGGUCUGGAGAGGCCGUCUGCUGCCAUGAUCCUGGUCAACGCCUUCCAACUGCUCUACGUGCUGGACGCCCUGUGGAACGAGGAGGCUAUCCUGACCACCAUGGACAUCGUGCAGGACGGGUUUGGCUUCAUGCUGGCGUUUGGAGACCUGGUGUGGGUUCCCUUUGUGUACAGCCUGCAGGCCUUCUACCUGGUCAGCCACCCCAGCCCUCUCACCCUACCCUGGCUGGCAGCCAUCCUCACUCUGAACGCUGUUGGAUACGUGAUCUUCAGGAAGGCCAACUCCCAGAAGAACGCCUUCAGGAGGAACCCGGACCACCCCAGCCUCGCCCACUUGAAGACCAUCCCCACGGCGACAGGGAAGAGCCUGCUGGUGUCUGGGUUGUGGGGUGUCGUCCGUCACCCCAACUACCUGGGUGACAUCAUCAUGGCCCUGGCCUGGUCUCUGCCCUGUGGAUUGGACCACCUGCUGCCCUACUUCUACGUGGUGUACUUCACCUGCCUGCUGGUGCACCGUGAGGCACGUGAUGAGGCUCUGUGUCGGAGGAAGUACGGUUCUGCCUGGGACGAGUACUGCAGCGCUGUGCACUACCGCAUCAUCCCCGGCCUCUACUGACCACACCCUCAUCCCUGGCCUCUACUGACCACACCCUCAUCCCUGGCCUCUACUGACCACACCCUCAUCCCCAGCCUCUACUGACCACACCCUCAUCCCUGGCCUCUACUGACCACACCCUCAUCCCCAGCCUCUACUGACCACACCCUCAUCCCUGGCCUCUACUGACCACACCCUCAUCCCCAGCCUCUACUGGCCAUGCCCCCUCAUCCCUGGCCUCUACUGACCACGCCCUCAUUGCCAGCUUCUACUGGCCACACCCCCUUAUCCCUGGCCUCUACUGACCAUGCCCUCAUUGCCAGCCUCUACUGGCCAUGCCCCCUCAUCCCUGGCCUCUACUGACCACAACCCUCCUCAUCCCCAGCCUCUACUGGCCACGCCCCUCCUCCUCAUCCCCAGCCUCUACUGGCCACGCCCCUCAUCCCCAACCUCUACUGGCCACGCCCCUCCUCCUCAUCCCCCAGCCUCUACUGGCCACGCCCCUCCUCCUCAUCCCCCAGCCUCUACUGGCCACGCCCCUCCUCCUCAUCCCCCAGCUUCUACUGGCCACGCCCAUCCUCAAAGGCUCCCAGGUUAGCUGUGGAAUAGCCUAAUACCUAAAAAAAACUAAACUGAACAAAAACUUUGAAUCAAUUUAGAAAUUUGAACUUGAGAUGUUUUCUGAUUUUUUUUUUAAGGAAGUGGAAUCUUGCUAGUUUGAUCCUCUCGUGUUUCCUCUGGAGGAACAUGGACUUCUGUCAUCAGCUGGCUUGUGUUCGGAUUCAUGCCUUUAUUUGAUAUGUUUCAAAUUUGAUAGGAAUGUUUUAAACUUGCCUCAAAAUAUGCUGGUAAAUUCUGGCUUGUAUGUAUUGUUUUGUACAUAUGCAUUUUCAUUUUUACACAUACUUACCCAUUGACAUUGGCUCAGGAUAAAUACCAUCUUAAACUCUCUUCACUCGCAUAUUCAGUAGUUUUACAGUAUCUGCUUGGUAAGUAUAUUUGCUUGUGUAUAUUGUGUAUGAUGCUCCUUUUACCUGUACAGUUGGACCACUACGAGGACUAACGAUCUCUCAGGACAGACAAGGAUUUAGAAGGUUUUAGAAGGUUUUAUGUCUUAAUAGUUUUGUUGUUUAUAUUUUUAUAGAGAGAUGUAGAUUUCACUGAGUGUGAAGAAACUGAAUUGUUGUUGUAAAUGCAUCCAAUGCAAGAUGGUGUUUGCAAGAUGUUUUACAUUUUUUAUUUAUAAUAUUAUUUCCACUUUUAUGAUUGAUCCAAGUGUUAUUAUCCUGUGUGUUUGCUACGUCAGGUUCAGAGUUGAAGUGUUCCCCAGAGAGGCUGCAGGGGGCAGUGUAGCGCUGAGCAACUGAGGGUCUGCUUCUGACCUGAGGCCAGAAGCAGACAGCUGGUAUCACCACAGCAGGCAGUCCUCUGCAGCAGGCCUCUCCUCGCUGCCACGCUGGGUAUCCUACAGAGUAGGACAGUGUCUGCCGUUAGCUUCAUCCAUCAACACCAGACAUCCUCUUCUGUUGUUCUUAAUGUGAACUCUUAUGAGUGACAGUUGUCGAUUUGUUUAAAAGAAGGUUCUAGUUUAGGCCCUCAUGCUGUGGUUGCUCUUCUCUCCAGUGUUCAUCCUACAUUCAUACCCAGUGUUCAUCCUACAUUCAUACCAUGUGUUCAUCCUACAUUUAUACCCAGUGUUUCAUCUGCCAGUAGCAGAGCAGAAUAGUGAAGAACUAAAGUAGCUAGCAUUUUAAUGAAAACAACAAAAUGCAAUGUAAAUAUUUUGGAUUUUAUUUUUAAAAAGAAUUAUGUGAUUUUAAGUAUAAAAGAGAUCACAGUCCUCAUAGAGAUAUUAGAUCUUGUUUCUCAGUAGAUAUUUAAAGUUGCUUCUCUGAUUUUCACAUUUGUUUAUCUUUUUAAUUAAAAUGGAUCUGCCUGA